AUGAUCGAAUUCGCCAAACCGUUACAGAACAUUCUGCGCAUUAAACAGAUCAAUACGACCGAUCUCGUAUGGCGUCUGCACUGCCGUGCAACGGUGUAUCUACUGUUGCUUGCGUCACUGCUCCUUUCGGCCCGCCAAUACUUUGGAAAUCCGAUCGACUGCGUCAUCGGAAGUGGCACGGUUCCGGCUUCGACAAUGAACGAAUUUUGUUGGAUCAUGGGCACGUACAUCAGCAGCGAUCCGAACUUUGUGUUGGACAGCACCGAUUUGGUGAAGAUCAAUGCCAAGAUUGGCCACAUACCGGAGAGUGAACGAUCGUACCAGAAAUACUACCAGUGGGUUGUGUUCAUACUGGCGCUGCAGGCCGGCAUGUUCUCGCUGCCGAAUUUUCUCUGGAAAGCUUGGGAAGGUGGCCGUUUACAAGCACUCUGCGAUGGUUUAACUUCACCCCUUGUGCCGGAUCUGUGGGAAAAAUCACGCAAGAAGCAACUUAUCACUCAUCUGGUGGCCGAAUUUCCACGCCUGCACCGAACGUACUUCCUGCGCUAUUGUUUCUGCACGCUGUUCAACUUCUGCAACGUACUAUUGAACAUUUUCCUCGUGAAUGUGAUUUUUUCCGGCUUUUGGACCAACUACCAUCCCGCCGUAACGGCACUGCUGUCGUUCGAUUUUCCCUCCUGGAACCGGUAUAAUUCACAAAUGUUUCCUAAGAUUGCCAAAUGUGACUUCCACUUCAUUGGACCAAGCGGUUCCAAACAGAAUCGCGAUGGACUCUGUAUAUUGUCGCUGAACGUAGUGAAUGAGAAGAUAUUUGCCUUUCUCUGGGUGUGGUUUCUGAUGCUGCUGCUGAUAUCUGGGCUGAAUCUGCUGUACUGGGUAGUGGUGCUGUGUAGCAAGAGCUUUCGUCUGUGGGUUAUAGCAACCCCACUGUAUCCGAUCCGUUCAGCGGUCGUGUCCCGGGCACUCGAAGGACAAGGCAUCGGGAAGUGGUUCCUGUUGCAUCAAUUGUGCCGAAACCUGAACCCGAUCCUCUGCCGAGAACUGUUGCAGAGCCUGUCGAAGGCGAAAACCAACAACCGCAAAACGUACCGAAUGGGAGGAAAGGGUGGCGAACCGGACUUUUACACCGAUCCGGAAGGAUUUGCCGAGGAGGAUGUAUAA